AUGGGAUCGACGCGUCCGGCGCCCGUCGCGCACAAUUCCCCGACUCUGGGCCCAUUUGCAAAUCAAUCCAUUAAAUCGCAGCCCCGUCUUCAACCUUCACCGCUACCACUUCAACCCAUCGAAAACUCAUUCCAGCCGUUGUCUCGGGGCCCGCACAGGCCAUCGCCGACAAAAGGUGUGCCCACACAGGGUACGCACCCUGGGCGAAAACUCGGUUUCGUCCCUAUCUCUGCCCCGGCGCCUCCCAUGUUUACCACCGACUCCCCCACGAAGAAACCAUCCUUCCCCAUUUACUCUCAACCCUCGAUGCCACAGUCUGCUCUCUUCACCACUUUCUCCAGUGUUAAUCCCGAAUCUGCAAAGGAGAACCUCAACCCCGAGGAUCCAUCCAAUGGCAGCUUUGCUGACUUUCCGGAACCUUCAUAUGAUACUAAGCUUCCCAUGAAGCGAACCCUCAUGGAUGCCGCUCCAUUAAGAGAGCGCUCCGUCAAGAGGCAAAAGCGCGAAGAAGCACCAUUACAUCACUUGCCCGAACCCCAUGAAAUGCCUCCAAUUGAAGAUGACGGUACCAAGCCGCCAUAUAGUUACGCGACAUUGAUUGGGAUGUCCAUUCUCCGUGCGCCUAAUCGCCGCCUUACACUGGCACAGAUCUACAAGUGGAUAUCCGACACAUUCUCCUACUAUAAAAACAGUGAUCCGGGCUGGCAAAACAGCAUUCGACACAACCUCAGCUUAAACAAGGCGUUCAUCAAACAAGAGCGACCCAAGGAUGACCCUGGCAAGGGCAACUACUGGGCAAUUGAACCUGGCAUGGAGAUUCAGUUCCUCAAGGACAAGCAAGUGCGACGUGCAACCAUGUCUAGCUUGCCUCUCCCUGCAGUUCCUCAACGUGACCUCAUCCCUCAACCGCAAAGCUCAGCGACAACGACAUGGAUGGUUCCUCCGCAACUCACCCAACAAGCCCCACCUCCCAAGGUCUCCUCACAAAAUGUGGACUUGUCUUCCGAUGCCACUCUACCAGCAUCUGACCCUGCUUUGCAAGAUGAUGCAGAUGAGGUCGUUCCCAUCAAUGUGCACCAUACAACGAGACCAAUGCGCUCAUCGCCACCACAGAAUAUCCGCUCUUCCCCUCCAAUCGCACCCCCUCGCUUCGCUCGCCAGGGAACUCCUCCUACCCCUACUCAAGCUGGGCCCACACCAGCCCCUCGUCCACGAAAGCGCAAGUCGAUACAGAUGAAUGAUUCCGGCUACUUCUCAUCUCUUGAAUCAUCUGCAUUAAGGCCGAAUAAGGCUAGCCACAUUCUCACAUCCGACCUUGACAUUGAGCCCCCGCGCAUUAAGCGUGGUCGUGCUGAAGAGGAAAUUGCGCGAAUCCGCAGUUCAUCUCACGACAUCAGUCCUGGUCAGCCCGUUACUCGAAAAGAGCACAAGACUCUCGUGGGGUCUUCGCCGCUUCGAGGGGAAUAUGUCAGUAUGCUACCACCGCCAUUGACUCCUAUGAUCAAGUUCAAGAAGCCAGCCAAGCCUCCGCCAUCAGUUUCCCCAAACACAAACUUGCGCAACCAUCGGCGCAAGAUUCAACAAAUGGUGAACUCACCAAUUAAGCACUUGGGGCUAACAGACGACGAUUUGCCUUGGAGUCCUGCCUUCAACCUCCAUGAUGAAUCUUAUACGCCUCAUGAUCAUUUCCACACCAGCUUUGACAUUUUCGCAGAACCAGGCCCUGAGCACAUGUCAUCAGCUGCAUAUGGUUCUCCCGAGAAACGUUCUGUGAAGCGCCAACGGACUGACAGCGGAAACACGGCUCUCGCUGAUAUCACUUCAGUCAGCGUAAACAGUCGUGCUGGUAUUCCGUCUCUCACGAGGUCCAAGUCGGCUAUUUUCCCAGACUCCCCGUCCAAGCUCCCCGAGAUUGGACGUCUUAGCGACACCAACCAAGAUGACUUCUUCUCCUUCCACCUUUUUGACGAGAGCAAUGAUAGUUCUGGCGAAGUGGACGGUGUUGAUCUUCUGCAAGGAUUCCAGAAAAUUGGAGGACCUGCUAAAGACGACAUGCUGAAACCGAAGGCAUUGCACCCUCGUCCUGGAUUGAGUAGUCGCAGCAACACUACUCUGUUUUGA